AUGCGGCGCCUGGGCGUUUUCAGCGCGCCCCUCGGGCGCGACGUGCCAGACACCGUGCUUUACUGGCAGCGGGCGUUCGAGCAUCUGGCCACGUGGGCCGGCGCGUACCUCCAGGACUGGUGGGCAGCGCUGGGCCUGGUGGCCGCCUGGACGGCGCCAUUUGAAAGGAUCGUCUCGCUCGCCGCGCCCGACGUGGAUCAGGAGUGCAUGCACAAGAUCGUGGACGGCGGGCUCAGCUUAGACUUUCAAGAGAGGCCCUUCUACCGCACGGCCCUGUGGGAGGCUGGUCGCAAGCGCCAGAAUUCGAAUUUCAGCAACGAGGCCCAACGCGUGCUGGACGGGGCUCUUUUCGAUGCGCUCAAAGCCAUCUUACAAGACCACUUCCCCACAGUGGCGAUCGACGAGGCUUGA